GUGGUCACAGUGUGUCGGUCUGUUGUAGCUGCGCUAUCAGCAGAUCAUUAAGAUCGCAUAAUGGUACACGAGUUUUGCCUGGAUUAAAGAGACUCGUGUAAAGCAUGAAGUCAGUACGAGGUUUUUGUUGUUUUCGUUAUGUGCCACCUACCACAAGAAGCUGUAAGCUUAUGCCUACUUCGCAGAGUUGACAAAUAAGUCUGUAGCCUAUCUUAUUUGCGACAGAAUAAGUAGGCUAUGUAGCCUAAGUAAUAAGUCACGAACAGGUGCGUCUUCGAAAACACGUCAAAACGAAUGGACCCUCUUUUCGUCUUUCAAUGGAGUAGCGAUAGGUGAUUUUUAGGAAGUAGCUUUUUGUAUCCUCUUGUGUAGCAUCAACAGUGCGCUUCUGUCAUUGCCGCGAUGUCCAAUCUACAUGGAUUCAUUGUUUCUGAUAGAAAACACGCUGUAGCCUACUUGAAAGAACCGUUAAUUCGAUGUGAUGUAGAUAUUGGAUUGGGAGAACUCGAGUCCAUUGAGGAUUUGUGAGGACAUGUUUCCUGAUAUUAUUAAGCCGGAUGAGUGCCCCCCUGGUCCCAAACCCCACGCUGGGACUUCGGUGACUGGCUUACAUGUGACAUCUGGGGAACGGCUUCGAUCGAGCAAACCCCAGAAAUCUGGUAUACGUAUGCUAUCUGGUAGACCCUACCAGCAGCACCUCCUUGGCACAUUUCCUCAUCUGGAGAAUAAGCAAGUGUGUCGUAACCCCCAGAAGACCAGCAGCCAUAAGGACAUCCUGCCCCGUAUUGCUCCUGUUAUCCACAAUACUCCACCUGUGAUCCCACCACCCAGCGCUGACGAUAGGCCUCGGACCUCGAAAUUCAGGUCCACAGUGGAGAAUCUUCCAGAAUGCAUCAACAACAGGAAAAGUACAAGUCCCUACAAUGGAGCAAAGUCACUGUCCCUAACACCAAGAGAGGCACUGAAAAUAUUCAGGGAUAAGCUGUCGGAGUUUGAGCAGGAAGAGAUCAUUAACUUUCCGGAUAUAUACUACCUUGGUCUCGAUGCCCAGAAGAUCGAAGCAGUUGAAGGGGCUCCUCAAAAUAAUGGCUUUGAUGAUGAGAAUGGCGCGUACAUCAAGGUUUUGCAUGAUCACCUUCAAUACCGCUAUGAAGUUCUGGAGGUAAUUGGAAAGGGAUCAUUUGGCCAAGUCCUGAAAUGUAUGGAUCAUAAGGCCAAAGAACUGGUUGCUCUUAAGAUUCUUCACAACAAAAGAAGAUUCAAGCACCAAGCCCUGAUGGAGCUCAAGAUCUUGGAACUGUUGCGCAAGAAAGAUCGGAACAACCGUUUCAAUAUCAUCCACAUGAAGGAGCACUUUAUGUUCCGUGAUCACCUAUGCAUCACCUUUGAGCUCCAGGGGGAUAACCUCUAUGAGACUAUAAAGAAGAACCGCUAUAAGGGCUUCAGCCAAGCCACAGUCCGUCGCUUCACUCACUCCAUCCUUAAGUGUCUGCAGGUGCUUCAUCAUGAGAAGAUAAUCCACUGUGACCUAAAGCCGGAGAACAUCGUUGUCACCCAGAACGGCUCGCUGAACAUCAAAGUGAUCGAUUUUGGAUCUAGUUGCUUCGAUCAUGAGAGAGUGUACUCUUACAUCCAGAGCCGCUUCUACCGCUCCCCUGAGAUCAUCCUGGGCUGCAGCUAUGGCAUAGAGAUUGAUAUGUGGAGCCUUGGCUGCAUCAUUCUUGAGCUGUACACCGGCGUGCCACUCUUUCCUGGAGAGAAUGAGAAGGACCAGCUUGCCCUCAUCAUGGAGGUGCUGGGAGUGCCUCCGGAGGAGAUGCUUCAGGCUGCGCCAAGGAUGAAAAAGUUUUUUGAGCCUACUGGCAAACCAAGGCCCUACACCAAUAGCAAGGGCAAGACCAGAAAAACUGGCUCCAAAGAUCUGGCCAGCAUUCUGAAGACCUCUGAUCCACUCUUUCUGGACUUCAUCAGGGGCUGCCUUGCCUGGGACCCAACUAAGCGUAUGACUCCGGAUGAGGCCCUUCAGCAUGAUUGGUUUACGGAGGCCCAAAACAGGUGCCGCACAAGGAUCCGUACCUCCAAGAAGACAGUUGAGGUCAACAGCCCUCCCCAGUCAGCAGCUGCGGAGCAGACGAGCUAUGACAAGCAACACUCCGCCAAGAAGACCUACAAGCAGGGCUCUGGAAAGACCAAUAUGCAGAGCCCCGGGAGAGACAAGCUGGCUUCUCUGGACCACUAAUCUGUACCAGGUGCGUCGGCCUGGAAGUAUGCAGCGGAGGGAGCAAUCAAGGUCCCCAGCAGUGUUGGCAGCAGGUGCAAGGUGGCCAAACCAGUCAGCCCAUAUUAUCAUCCCCUCCCCCAUGGAUGCCACAACCCUUACUUCAGACCUGGAUCUUAAACAGGUCUGGCCCCGCCUCAACUGAGAGGCAACAACUAGGGCUGUUUUGAGGGUGGUAAGGUGGUAUUCAUUUGCUCAUCCUUCUCGUGUGUAUCCUUACAUUCUUGACGCUAAGAGCCCAGGAGGUAUUGGCAACUUCACACCUAAGUUACCCCUCACCCUCAAACUGAAGCCCUUCAUUAGGCCUACUGGCUACAGGGUCAAGGAUGAUGCUUGAUUUGUGUGUGUGUGUGGGGGGGGGGG